UAUUGAUCGGCUUCAUCAAUCCAACGCAAUCUCAAUGGAUAAUUCCUAUCUCAUUUCCUUCCUACGACUCAUACUAGUUUCGAUCACUUUAGCGUCAAUAAGUGGUGGGAUGAUCAGUGCUGAGGCACGUAAUCUUUUGGAGAUACCCGAGGUUCCAAAGCCUGAACUUUCAGAGCUUCCAAUGCCCACAAUUCCUGAGAUUCCGAAGCCCACACUUCCUGAGAUUCCGAAACCCACUGUUCCUGAGAUUCCGAAGCCCACACUUCCUGAGAUUCCAAAACCCACAAUUCCUGAGAUUGCGAAGCCCACCCUUCCUGAGAUUCCGAAGCCCACCCUUCCUGAGAUUCCAAAACCCAUUGUUCCUGAGAUUCCAAAGCCAACACUUCCUGAGAUUCCGAAGCCCACAAUUCCUGAGAUUCCAAAACCCACUGUUCCUGAGAUUCCGAAGCCCACACUUCCUGAUAUCCCAAAACCCACUGUUCCUGAAAUUCCGAAGCCCACAGUUCCAGAGAUCCCGAAGCCCACAGUUCCAGAGAUCCCGAAGCCUACAGUUCCUGAAAUUCCGAAACCUGCACUUCCUGAGCUUCCAAAGCCGGAGUUGCCUACUUUGCCCAAACCAGAAGUACCAAAGGUGCCAGAAAUCCAUGACCUUCCUAAGCCCACCUUGCCCAAACCAGAAGUACCAGAGUUGCCCAAGGACUUCCCAAAACCUUCCCUACCCCAUCCUUAGAGACCUACUUUUGUGAAAGCUUGUGAUUUACUCAUUACUACUAAUGUUACUUCCAAGAGAUUUGUCAUUUAGAGUGUUCCCUGAAGAUUGAAUGAUUAUUUAUAUGGUGUAUGUUGUUCUGUUAUAUGACGAACAAUUUAUUUAUGUUGAAUUUAU